UGCUGCCCCAAAAGUUAGCAUUAGCUUAGAAAAAGAGAACUUCUAUUUGAAAAUCGUUUCGAGUAGUUCUCAGAAAGCACCAAAAGUGGCCAUGUGAUGCGAGGACGACAGGUGGUGAAGAAGGCUCAAAUAAUUUUCGAUUUUGCGUAAGAUCAUCCAAACCUCCAUCACAACUUAUAGCUCCAUUACCACAUGGUCUAUAGAACCUAUAAGAUGCCUUACAUCAGGAUCAAGAAAUAAACUGGGCUCCCUAAUGUUUGAGAGUGAUUGAUCGUUUCCUCUUACGAUGUUAGUUGAUCAGAGAUUGUGCCAAUGCUAUUCCGAUUGCCUCUGAAUCCAUUCAAUUACAAGGGCGCGGCACAGAAUCAUUGUAGGCCAAGGGUACAAUAUUAACUGCAAACCGGAUGGUUUCAACAUGUGGCAUGGUGGAAUGUAAAAAUCAAAUGAAAAUGUGGCAAUUAUCAGGAGGGAGAAAACUGAUCCAAUGUUUACGCCAAAGUAGUUUUUGAUAUCGAUGAAAACGCAUUUUCUUCGACGUAAAGGUCUUUUAAUGCCUAUUUGGCUCUCAUGCACAUUAGUUUCGAGCCCUUACCAUCUUCAUUUGAUUUAUUUCAGUGCUAGCUCCACUUGUUGGUUUGAGGGGCAUAAUAAUGUUCAAUGAAAUUGCGUGUUGGUAUUCACGGACUCGAAGUUGAGAAAUAAAACAUGCAACACUCGAUAAUAAAGGUUUGAUCGGCUUAUUGAAAGUAUCCCUCUCUCAGUUCAACACCUCAACGGAUAGGUACCUCAAAAAAGCAACUCUCCUCUUAAAAAAUGAGAGAAUGUAUUUCCAUUCACAUUGGACAGGCUGGAGUCCAAAUGGGUAACGCCUGUUGGGAGUUAUAUUGCCUUGAGCAUGGGAUUCAGCCUGAUGGUCAAGUACAAAUUGACACAUCAAUUGGCCAACUAGACGAUUCCUUUAGUACCUUCUUCUCUGAGACAAGUGGUGGAAAUCAUGUCCCUAGAGCCAUAUUUGUGGAUCUGGAGCCAUCAGUUGUGGAUGAGGUCAGAUCAGGUAUUUAUUCUGCUCUGUUUCAUCCCGACCAAUUGGUGUCUGGAAACGAGGAUGCCGCAAACAAUUAUGCAAGGGGCCACUACACAAUUGGAAAAGAAUUAAUUGACACCACCAUGGAUCGAAUACGACGAAUGGCAGAUGCAUGCAGUGGCUUACAAGGGUUUUUGGUUUUUCACUCAUUUGGUGGUGGCACUGGCUCUGGAUUUGCCUCGCUAAUAAUGGAACGCCUUUCCAUGGAUUACGGGAAAAAAUCGAAGUUAGGAUUUUCUAUAUAUCCUGCACCCCAGGUAUCAACUGCUAUUGUAGAACCGUAUAACGCAAUAUUAUACACCCAUACUACCUUGGAACAUUGUGAUUGUGCAUUUCUGGUGGACAAUCAGGCUAUUUACGACAUUUGCCGAGCUAAUCUUAACAUCAAUAGGCCAACUUACACCAACUUAAACCGGCUUAUUGCCCAAAUCAUCUCUUCUAUUACGGCUUCAUUACGCUUUGAUGGGGCCCUAAAUGUUGACCUCAAUGAAUUUCAAACGAAUCUGGUGCCUUAUCCUCGAAUUCAUUACCCAUUGGCAACUUACGGCCCUGUGGUUUCUGCAGAAAAGGCUUUUCAUGAGACAAUUUCUGUUGACCAAAUAACAAGAGCUUGUUUUGAGUCCAGCAAUCAAAUGGUAAAGUGUGAUCCCAAGAGUGGUAAAUACAUGGCUGUAUGCUUGCUUUUCCGCGGCGAUGUGGUUCCUAAAGACGUCAAUGCAGCUAUUGCUGGGAUCAAAACGUCGAAGAUGGUUCAAUUCGUAGAUUGGUGUCCCACUGGAUUUAAAGUUGGCAUCAAUUACCAACCACCCACAGUUGUGCCCGGUGGGGAUUUGGCCAAGGUUCAUCGUGCUGUUUGUUGCUUAAGCAACACAACUGCAAUAAUGGAAGCCUGGGCACGGUUGGAUUACAAAUUUGACCUGAUGUAUGCAAAAAGAGCUUUUGUUCAUUGGUACGUGGGGGAAGGGAUGGAAGAAGGCGAGUUUUCCGAAGCCAGGGAAGACUUGGCGGCGCUGGAACUAGAUUAUCAAGAAGUAGGAACUGAUAACAUUUCCGAUGACAGUACCAACGAUUGACUUGAAACAAAAACAAUAUUUGAAACUAAUAUGUAGGAGUAUAUUUAGUAUCAAUAUGUAGUAUCAAUGUAACCUACGCUUGGCUUUUAAUCGUAUCAUGAUCUUAACCAAAAAAGAAGGGUACUAGUAUUAUGCAGUAUGACACAGGCUCCAAACAAAAGCGAGAUCCCAGGUUCAAUUUUACUUUGCAUUUACACUCACAGACGAAUAAAAAAAUGAUAUUGCGGAAAUCGUGGACAUUGCGGACCGCAGAAAUUACAUUGCUGGAACUUUAUUUUGGGACAAUUGUCCUACGGUUGGUUACUAAGAACUGAUUGACCACUCAAAAAAUCAGCUAGACUUGUUCUGCCCCGACAGCACAUCGUCUUGUAAGAGGCAUUUUGAUAACGAUGUUAUAUCUACUCCUCCUACAUUGUAGAAAUGUAAGGGCUAGCUUCGAUGACCCUUCUAUGUUCUGUUCUGAUUGUUUUUGGAAAAAAUAUCUUAAUGAAACAUAACUAUCUAAUUAUCCCCAACAUCUCUUACCAGCGUUUGCGGGAAGCUCAUUGAACGGGUGGUGAAGGAUUGAAUAUUGGAGUUCCUAGCAGAGAAUAGAAUGAUUGGAAAUGAUCAACACGGU